UCUAAUGAGAUCUCACUUCCCCUCUUAUAAUAAUCAGGUCAAUUUGUUCCUUUCUCAGACAUUCCCUGGACUUCCUGUCUUGUUUCAUGCUAUAAAUAUGUAUGCUGUUCUUCAGCUUUCCUGUCAAGCUGUCCUUCGAGAUCCCGAGCACAUACUUUAGUCUCUCCUUCGAGUGAUAGGCACGUAAGAGAGGAGCAAACCGCACUUAACACUUUUUAACUGAAAACCGUUUCCUAGAACCAUCCCUAGUACUAUAUAUGGAGCCAAUGGAUCCUGUUUCGGAGGGAGAGUGGAGCUCUCUCUGCGGGAUCGGCUCCAAUGAAGAGGCUCACUUCAUGGCCCAGUUGCUUGGGAAUGGUCCGCUGAACUUCGAACCAGGAUGCGGCUUGGGAUUUGGUUCUUGGCCUGCCCAUGAAUCGACUGUCAGUUUUCUGGGAAGCAAUGACAGCUCGUUUUAUCCCUCUAACAAUUUUCCUCAUACUAGUCCGAUUUAUUCAUCAUCAUCGGGCGACAACAACGACUAUUUGAAUUUGGGUGAGACUACUAACCCGAUCCUGGAGAGCGAGAAUGGUGCUGUUCUGAUUGACUCGGGUCCUAUAGGAGAGCAUGAUUUCCCCAGGCACGAUAUUGUGCACCUCAAAGGCCAGGAGGAAGAGGCCGACAUGAAGAAGAACAGCUCCUUGGAGAGUUCUAGGAAGCAGUCUCGAAGCACCAGAAAUAAGAUGAAGAGGAAUGUGAAGUUGAAGAAAAGCCAGAGUCUCGAGUUCUCGAGCCAAAACGAGGAAGAUGACAACACUAACAAUGAUAACAAAAAUGCCCCCGUUUAUUGGCAGAGCUCGAGCCCUUGCUGCUCUGAGGAUGAUUCAAGCAUCUCUCAGGGAGAGAACGGAGGGUCAGGAUCGAGCGUGAAGGAGCCUGGGGCUCUCAACCAAGGCUGGAAAACGAGAGCUAGCAGAGGCUCGGCUACUGAUCCUCAGAGCCUGUAUGCAAGGAAAAGGAGAGAAAGGAUAAAUGAGAGAUUGAAGAUCCUGCAGAGCCUCGUGCCCAACGGCACAAAGGUCGAUAUCAGCACAAUGCUCGAAGAGGCAGUGCACUAUGUGAAGUUUCUGCAGCUUCAAAUAAAGCUUUUGAGUUCUGAUGACUUGUGGAUGUACGCUCCUAUUGCUUACAACGGGAUCGACAUCGGGCUCAAUUUGAAGAUUAACACACCGAGAUAAUUAAAAUCGCCGAGGGUAGUGGGGCGAAUGAGGAAAACAUCACUGCCAAGGGGGCUGAGACUUUUAAUUCUUACAGGAUAAAUAAACAAAAUCACUUUAUAUUACAUAUAAAAAUAUACCUUAGGAAUUCAAGGAUCACUUGGAUCUGACAAAUGAUCCUCAACGACCGAAUUCUCGAACUACUGGAGAUGGACUCUAUGAUAAAUGAUCCGAUGACUUCAUUUGAUUCUCAGCGAGGUCGACAGCAUUGUUUUGGUUUUGCCUAGAUAUUGUUCUCUCUACAUACAAUGAGAUCGAAUUCUUUAUGUAUCUCUAUAUGUAAUAUAUUUAUAUACAUAUAUGUGUGUGUGGGUGUAAUACACACAUGUACUGUUCUAAUUUCAUCACAAGACUGCCAAGAGACCAAAUAAGAAUGACUG